AUGGCCGAGUCGGAAGAGGAGGUGGAUGUCUUGGUCCAGAGAGUUGUUAAAGAUAUCACUAACGCUUUUAAGAGAAACCCUGGCAUAGAUGAGAUCGGGCUCAUCCCAUGCCCGGAGGCUAGGUACAACAGAAGCCCCAUCGUCCUGGUGGAGAAUAAGCUCGGGGUGGAAAGCUGGUGCGUGAAGUUCCUACUGCCCUACGUGCACAACAAGCUGCUGCUCUAUCGACAACGCAAGCAGUGGCUGGACCGUGAGGGUAAGGCCGUGUCUUAUUUGAACAUUCGCUGGGUCAUACCAUUACACGACGAGGACGUAAUGAUGACAAGAACAGAAGAUCUAAUCAGAGCUGUGUCUCUCCACUCAGCACUGGUUGACAUCACAUCCACAGUACUGUUACUAAACCCGGACUUUACUACUGCCUGGAAUGUCAGGAAGGAGCUCCUUCAGUGUGGCAUGCUGAAUCCAGAGAAAGAUCUUUACCUGGGGAAAUUAGCGCUGACCAAGUAUCCGAAAAGCCCAGAGACAUGGAUACACAGGCGUUGGGUGCUGCAGAGGCUGCAGAAGGAGUCAUGUGGAGCUGACGAGCGGAGCGACUACAGUGAGCAGAUACAGAGAGCCAUACACGAAGAGAUGAAGGUGUGUGCAGAUGCUGCAGGCCGUUACGCCAGUAACUACAACGCCUGGUCACACCGUAUCUGGGUCCUGCAGCACAUGGCCAAAGGCAGUCUUAAGAUUCUUCAUGAUGAACUUUCCUCCACGAGACUUUGGGUGUCCAUGCACGUGUCCGACCACAGUGGCUUUCACUACCGCCAGUUCCUGCUCAAGGCACUACUGGCUGAGCUGGGUCAGACCCAGCAGCCUAACCGAGGAGGCUCAGCGGACGAGCCACGCACCAAUGCCAUCCCUCAGCUCUUCCAUGACGAGAUAGAGCUCUGCACUGACCUCAUCGAGUCCUACCCAGGCCACGAGACUCUGUGGUGCCACAGGCGGCAUGUGUUCUAUCUGUGGCACCACUGGAGGAAUCAAAGUCAAGAGCAGGGUCCUCUAUCUCCAGGCCACGCCCACACACUCCUUAAUAACUCUUCAGACCCCAGUGAUGAAGGCAGGAGCUCCCAGGCCAUGGAUGUUGACUGUACACUAGAGGGCAGUAAGCACGGCGGCUACACACAAGGCAGUAAAAGAUUGAAGCGAGGGCCACCGUGCCCCACUCUCCUUUCUGAACACGCGUUCAUCUCGCGUAUCCUGAGCAGCUGCAGGAACCCUGAACAGGGCCGUUUCGCCAGCGCAUACAGGAAGUGGCUGGACUCUGUCAUAGGUCAGUAGCUCAUGGUAUACUCUGCCCACAUGGAAACGGGCAAGGUUUGAUAGAUCAGCUUGGUUUUGGCACCAUCCACGUACGUCCUGCACAGCUGAAGAAGGCCAGACUGUCUGAGAAGUUCUACAAGUGAAUUCCCCUUCAUGAUGAAAAAUAAGUGAUGAGCCAUGGCAGAGUAAUGUUGGUCUGCCGUAUCUGCUUUUGUUCAGGUACACGAUAUCUCAGGUCUGUUUUUAUUUUUUUCAGUUAUUUGAAACUUUUUAUAUGGUUUAUUUCGUAGGGUUUUUUUUUGUUUGUUUGGGUUUUUUUUUUUUUUUGCACAAUUCAAACAAGUGCAGGACGUCAUCAUGAUGCUGCUUUCAGUUAUACACUUCCUGUCGAGACUUGGGUGCAUACGUUGGAGCUCAAACUGAUCCCAUCCCGUUUCAGUAAGAGCGGGCAGGUUUCGGUAACUUGCUUAUCUACCGGUUUAUUUGCUCUUUUGUACAGGUCUGUACAAAUUUUGGAGCACUCUGCUCUAGUUAACGAUGUGUAAGCACAAUCAGUGUUUCUCAGAGACAUUUAAAACACGGUCAGCUGAGCCUUUUGGGAUCAAUAUUUAUUAAUACUUAAUACAUCACUAAUAAUACAACAAAAAUGGGUAGUGCUUGGGCAGUUUGUAGGUCCCUUUCUGUUCUUAUAUGACGGCAUAGCAGUGGCUCAGGCUUUACAGUUAACUGUAUAAUCUUCUCGAGGCACGUUCAUCACGCUAUAAAAUAAAGAUUAUCGAGACAUAACUUUUAGGUGUCAAGCUGUCUGAAGGAUCUCGGCGUUAAAGCACAACCAAUGUGAUUUUAAUCCCUUUUCCAUAGCCUGAGAUUUCGUUAUGAAGGGGAAUUUGCAAUAGAGUGCAAGCCUUUCUUGACUCGUCUGUCCGUCAGAAUGGCUGUGUGAUUAGAAUCCGUACACGCUACAAAGCUGAAGUCAAAUGGUGCUAAAUUUCUGCAGCCACAAAAGAAGGCUUUCACAGGCCUGGGUUGACAGAUGCUGCUUCUCUUUUAACACUAGUUUUGAACUCCUAUUUAUGCAAAGUAUUGAUAUGAAUUUCAUGAUAAGCUCACUCAUAUCACAUUAUUAACAGUAAACACUUCAGCUGGGUUUACUCUGUACGAUUUUUGGCCCUGUUUUCCUGUCCGAGACACACAUCGCACAUGGUAAAAGAAUUCUUUUAUUGGGUCUUGAUUUGAAAUGUAGUCGUAUAAUGUGAUGUUCGUACACACAGGCAGGUGAUUCAAUGUCUUUGUGAUCAAAAACGGUUGAUGAGAGAACCUUUCUGGCAGCAGUGUCAGAAAUGUGUAACUAAAAUCCAAGAGUGUGACUGCUGCUGCUAUAACGCUCAUCUGAAAUCCACCAAUAGGACGGCAGUGUAUGAUUAUGGGAAACUCACUGGAUGGCUACAAAUACAGACGUAGCACCCGUAAUGGCAAAAAAAUGUCCUUAUUACCUCAAACUUACUUUGAAGAAUGUUUGUUUUUGCAAGCCUGGAUCGCACUGACUGACGGCAUAAGCAGAAUGUAGUCUUCAUUUUCUUUCAUCGCAGGUCUUUUGAGAAUAUCUUCAUUGUGUAAACGAACACGAACAGGUCGUCACGGUCUGUCAUAGGAUUAGACCAAGAUUUUAACGGGAUCAUCUCGUACAGUGUAGUAAGGUAUACAUGUUGUGUUUCCCCCCCCCCC